AUGGGGAACAGUUGCAAGAAAGUCAUACAAGCCAGACGAAACAGAACCCCGCCUGAUCAAUUCAACCAUCGCUUCGAUUUCGUAAGCGAUAAUAACUCAAGUUGGAAUAACACGAACUAUUACAAUGAUUUAUACUUAGGGAAUUUUACCCGAGAAAAGGAACCUUUAAAAGAAAAUGACAACACAUUAGGACUUAACGAUGAAGGCAAUUUGAAUGUUAACAAUUCGUUGGUGUAUAUCGAUGAGCUCUAUGAGAUUUUGGAGAACGAAAAAAAAGUGAAGAUAAAAAAAGUUGACAACUCCGAUGUAGAGGAAUUCCUCAUUAUAGAAAAGCACAUUAAAUUAAAAAGGAAAAAGAAGAAAAAUAAUCCUUUUAAAAGGAAAAAAGAAAAAAAUGUAAAAAAAGAAAUUACCCCUUCAUCAUUAAGACACAUCGAUGGUGACAAUAAUGGCAAUCUUUUUGAAAUGCCGCCCUUCCCUGGAGAUAACUUUCUCAACAAAAAAAAAAAUAAAAUGAAAGAUCGAGCAUCCUCCAAAAUUACCGAAGUAGAAACGUGGUGCAGUUCUUCAAUUGAUAAUAGGUGUGAUAUAUUCGAGGAGGACAGGAAGUACAUACUGAAGCAACGCCAAAUGAACAUGAGAGAUGAUCAGAAGAUGGGUCCUGAGGAGGGUGGAAAAAAUGCCAAGGAUAGCCAUAACAAUGAGGAGAAUACACAGAGUAUGCCCAGCAGUGAAGCUAAGGUGGACGCGAAUCACCCCGGAAACGGGCACAAUGGUGGAAACGCCAUCAGUUUAACGUUUGAAACAGGUGAAGAAGAAGACUCGCAGGAGGGGAGAAAAACUGACAAAAGGAAUGAUAAAAGGGAUGAUAAAAGGGAUGGCAAAAGGGAUGGCAAAAGGGAUGGCAAAAGGGAUGGCAAAAGGGAUGAUAAAAGGGAUGAUAGAAGGGAUGACAAAAAAGUUGGCAAAAAGGGUGACAAGAAUGUUGACAAAAAAGAUGACAAGGCUUCCCAGAAUUUUGAUCAUAGAUUCCCAGAUUGA